AUGCCUUCACCAGUUUGGUUCAUCACAGCGGCCUCUUCGGGUUUUGGCCAUGACAUCGCUCUUCACGCCCUCAACCUCGGUCACACAGUCAUCGCCACAGCACGCAACACAUCCCGUGUCCAAGACCUCGCCGACGCUGGGGCUUACACACUCGCCUUUGACGUGACUUCCCCCAUCGUAGACCUCGAAACCAUCGCCAAAGACGUCUAUGCCAAACACGGCCGUGUUGACUAUCUCAUCAACGCUGCUGGGUAUAUCCUAGACGGUGCGGUCGAAGAGGUUUCUCAAGAGGAGCUGUACAACUCUUUCAACACAAACGUCUUUGGUAUCUUCAACACCAUCAAGGCUUUUCUUCCGGGUAUGAGGGAGCAAAGUGUUGGCGAGAAUGGACGUCAUGGAACGGUUGUCACUUUUGGAAGUAUUGGUUCUUGGAGCGGCGGCGCGACAUACUCUGUCUACUCCAUGGUAAAAGCCUGCAUGUCUUCUCUCGCAGAAUCUCUACGCGAGGAACUAGAACCUUUCAACAUUCUAGCUUCAGUCGUUGAACCAGGAUACUUUCGCACGAGCUUCCUCAACCCUGGUGUCAAGGUAGUCACCAAGAACCGGAUGGAUGUCUACAAUGAUGAGAGCACACCUACGGGCAAGACGCGCAAGGCGUUGGAAAAGACGGAUAAUAACCAGCCUGGCGAUGUGAAGAAGGGAACAAAAGUUAUUGUGGAGAUUCUGACGGGGACAGGCGUUGGAAAGGGAAGAGAAGUGCCUGUGAGGAUUAUUUUGGGUAGUGAUGCGGAUGUGUUUAUUCGGGGAAAGAUUGGUGAUGCGCUGAAGAUUUUGGAUGAUUGGAAGAGUGUGACUGUGAGCACCGACAUCACAGAGUAA